AUGGGUAAAAUCAGAACCAUUGAGUAUUUCCGUGUACUUCCACGUUGGCUGUUUGUUAAAGUUACUGAUGAAGAUGGAAACCAUGGAUGGGGUGAAAGUACAUUAGAGGGACAUUCAGAGGCCGUUGAGGGCAGCCUGAAUGCUCUUUGUAAACGAUUUCAAGGCUAUGAAGCAGAUGACAUCGAGCAAAUCUGGCAGACGGCUUGGCGCCUAGGCUUCUACAGGGGGGGCGCUGUUUUCAUGUCAGCAAUCUCUGGCAUUGACAUUGCCCUUUGGGAUCUCAAAGGCCGCCGGUUAGGCGUACCAAUUCAUCAGUUAUUAGGAGGCAAGGUUCGCAACAAGAUAUCUGUUUAUGCUUGGAUUGGGGGUGACCGUCCUUCGGAUGUUGAAUCAGCGGCUAGAGCCCGGUUGGCCCAAGGGUUUAAGGUAAUCAAAAUGAAUGCUACUGAGGACGUGAACUGGCUUGACUCUCCGCGAGCUCUCGAAUCCUGCAUCCAACGACUCCAAGCCGUAAAGGCUCUGGGACUUGACGCUGCUCUCGACUUCCAUGGCCGUCUACAUAAACCGAUGGCCAAGCAGCUGGCUAAAAUAGUUGAGCCCUAUCAUCCCCUAUUCAUUGAAGAACCACUCCUCUCGGAGCAUCCCGAGGGAAUCAAACAUUUUUCCAAGCAGGUUUCCACACCGAUUGCCCUGGGAGAACGGCUUUACCACCGAUGGGACGUCAAACGGUUCCUGGAAGAUGCGAGCGUCGAUAUCCUACAGCCAGAUAUCAGUCAUUGCGGGGGUAUCUCCGAAAUUCGCCGCAUCGCAGCCAUGGCAGAGGCAUACGAUGUGGCGAUGGCCCCGCACUGCCCGCUGGGGCCCAUCUCACUCGCUGCUAGCAUGCAGAUCGACCUCACAAUUCCAAACUUUGUCAUCCAGGAAAUGAGCCUAGGGAUCCACUAUAACACGGAUGCGGGGGAGUAUGAUAUCGCCAACUAUGUGACAGACCCUUCAGUUUUUGAUGUCAAGGACGGCCAUGUUGACGCUCUAAUGAAACCUGGCUUGGGAAUCGAGAUAAAUGAGGAGGAAGUGCGCCGUGUUGCUGAAACCGCGGCAUCAUGGCUACCAAAGGAGUUCUAUGGGAUUGAUGGGGGCAUUCGGGAGUGGUAA